AUGGUUAACUUUACAAACUUUGUCAAAUCCAAACGUAAGAGGAAAAAGGAGAUAACCUUUCAGGAUAUCCAGGAGAACUUUGAUCUUCCUAUCAAGGAGGCUGCUGAUGCUAUGCAAAUUUCUCUCACACAAUUAAAGAGGAUAUGUCGAGAGAAUGAUAUUCCGAGAUGGCCAUACAGAAAGCUUCAAGCACUGCAAAACAAGCGUCAAGAUCUCACGGACAUGUUACCGAACAGUGACGAAUUAUCCAAAGAGAGAAUUCAAAGCAAAAUUGAUGCAAUCAAUGAAGAAAUUAAAUUCAUCAGAGCUCAUCCAAAAACAAUUAUUGGAGGAAGUGGAUCUAAACGAAGCUCCAUAACAAAAUCCAAAAGAUGGUCACUUCCUUCCAUUGUGUCAGGAGAUGCAAUGAGCUCGGGUGGAGCUACAAGCUCAAACUCAAAUUUGAUUUUGGAACAAACAGUUCUUGGUGGAGGAAAUUCGAGUUCGAAUCGAAGAUCACAAAACGAAGAGGAAUUUUUCAAGGAUUUACAACAGCGAUUGAGUAAGCAAUAUGGAGGAAUGCCUGCAAAUUUAUUGGAUGAAGAUGAGGUUGUGGAUGAGGAUGAAAUUAUUGGAGACGAUGUAUUAGACGAUGAGGAUGAUGAAAACACCGGUGGUGACACAAUGAGAGGCUCGAGAAAUCAGCAACAGAAAGAUGCAAAUAGAAACAAGAGAUUUUCAAUGCCCUCCAUGAUGAUUCAAGGUAGUGGCUCUUCGUCAGGUCAUGUUGGACAGCAGUCAUCGGGAGGCGCCAUUGCUUUAAAUUCCUACACCAAUGCUAACUAUUAUUCGGCUCCAAGUCAGCACGUGAUUCAUCCACCAAUUUCUCCUAACAAAUCUACUAGUCCUUAUCAUCGAAUGCCUCUUGCAAAUGCUUCACCAUCCUCUUCUCAAAUCAAUGCACCACACAGCCAGCAGCAAUUUUAUCCUCCGCAACCACUCACAACCACGCACGUAGACCCAUAUAUGCAGCAUCCUUAUCAACAUGCUCACAUGCAGCAACAUCAUCAUCAUGCACCAACUUAUUUUGGACAUCCACAACAAUCACCAAGUCACAUGUCCACAACAAGCUCAUCGUCACAUCAAUUACCGACUACUGCUUUUUCAUCACAAACACAUCCGUCUCAUCAUUAUAACUCUUCGUAUAAUACCACAACAGGACAGACAUAUUCCGGGUUGGGAUCCACAGGUGCUCAUUCUGUAGUACAAUCCUCUCCGUCACAUCAUCAUCAAUAUGGCAUUCCAGCAUUUGCAGGUAGUGGUGGUAUUAGCAGUCAUCAACCUCAAAAUUCUUCAUCCUCGUUUAAUCCCAACACGGUAAACCCAAUUGUGACAACUAGCAGCGCUCCUUCCGAUGGUACAGCAACUUCAAGCAAUAUUCAUCCUCAAAUACAUCACCAACCUUUGAAUGCAAAUCCAUCGACAAUAAUGAAUGCGAGUACUCCCAAUGCAAUUCCAACAAGCAGUACCGGAAUUAUUGGCGGAUUUAAUGAAAAAUCAACAACAAGCACAACAGCAUUUCAACCAUCCUAUUCUGUACAUAAUCAACAAUCCAGCAGUAGUGGCCGAUUGACUAACAACAGACCUAGCUCCUUAAAUAUUAAUACUUCAUCGACUUCUGACCCAUUUGGAUUCAAUAGAUAUGUUAGAGAUGGAAAUUAUCUUCCACCUUUAUCACAAUUACUCAAUGGACAGGAUGCUGAACGAAUGCAAGAUUCACCAGUCACCCUCAACGAGCCAUCUCCAUUUGGUAACAAAAACAAUAAUACAUUACCACCAGUACAUAUUCCAUUUGAGCAAGAGCCAUCUCAAGAUGGUGACCCUCAAAGAAGUGAUGCAUCAAAGAUUUCACAAGCAUUACACAUUCUCAAAAAGAAGAAUACAGCUACUGGAAACGCUUCAGGUUCAUAUCCAUCGUUAGCACAAUCCAACAGCACAGCUGCGACCUCAACACGAGAAAAUCUCACCUAUCUCAGAAAGGGAGUUCAAUCGACUGAAUACGAAUAUCCUCCUUUGCAAUAUUAUCAACAACAUCAGCAGCAAUAUGAGCCAUCGAUGCCUUUCAUUCAAAUUCCACCUCACCGAGCAUCUCCAUCCACAACCACACCUCAGCAAGCAGUAUCGAAUCCACCAACAUUAUCCAAAUCUCGAUCUGCGAGUUCGCUGGUUCAACCCUCCACAUCGUCGACAAUGGGUACUCAACCACCUCAACAACAGCAGCAACCAUCGGAAACACAGGGCUCUACAUCGAAACUCUCGUUUUUAGAGAACUUGUUCCGAAGGAAAAUACCAUUCAUUACCAGAAAGAAAAAGUAA